AUGCCUCCUAAAAAGAAAGCAGAACCUAUAGAAUCUUCAAUAGAGCAGUUCAAGGGAGAAGCCCAAGAAAUAGAGCUUGAAGCAAUUGAAUUAACUGAUGAUGUGACUUCUCUUGGAAAUCGGCUAUUUAUCUGCUACUUGAGGCAGCAUUUAAUAGGAAAAGGUGUGCUAAAUAACCAAAUAAUCCAAAUCCAAAUAUAUGGCAGACCUCAAAAUUUUAAGUUGACAAUUACUUUAGAAGCGCAGCUGGAUUCAUUGAGUAUAAAUGAAGAAGCAAGUUUGCCAUAUCUCAUAACAAAAGCCACACAAUUUCAUAUUAAAUCAAAGCCUGAAAUUCCAAAGGAGCCAGAAAAAGAAGUAAAAGUGCUGCCUAUUAGGAUAGGAGGGCUUCACAGCCAACUGCAGAACCUUAAGCAAAUUGUGGAGAUUUCUUUGGUUUGUCCUGAAAUUUAUGAAGAAUUGAAUAUUCCAGCUCCAAAAGGGGUGCUGCUUUAUGGACCUCCUGGGACUGGGAAAACAAUGAUUGCGAGAUAUAUAGCUGAACAAACUAAGGCAAAAUUAAUCAUCUUCAACAACUCAAUUUUUAGCAAGUUUGUAGGGGAAAGUGAGCAAAAAAUCCAUGAGCUAUUUGAUGAAGCCAGGAGUGCAGCCCCGGCCAUAAUUUUUAUUGAUGAAAUUGAUACACUGUGCCCGAAGCGAGAUUCUGGUAUUGAAGAAUACCAAAAAAGAAUAGUUACGACUUUUCUAUCAGAACUUGACGGUGUUACCUCAAACUCUAAAGUAUUAGUAAUAGCUACAACCAAUAGACAAAAUACUUUAGAUGCAGCAUUGAGAAGACCAGGACGCCUUGAUAAAGAAAUAGAAAUUCCAGUCCCUUCAAGAGAUGACAGGCUAGAAAUUAUUACUUUGAUAUGUGAAAAUAUGAAGAAAGUCAGACUGUCAGCUGAAGAAAUGGGCAUGCUGCUUGAACAGACACAUGGAUUCGUAGGUGCUGAUUUGGUAAGUUUGUGCAGAGAAGCAGGAAUUAGGGCGAUUGCAAGGUAUCCUAUAAAGAUUAGAAAUUAUUAUUUAUAAUUGGCAAGCUAUCCCAAUUUUCUAUAUAUAAUUGAUAUUUCUCCCUUAUUAUAAUUAUAAUAUUGUCUCACAGAAAAUAUCAAUUAGGCAAUCAACUAGAAGUGACAUAUGAGGAUUUUAUUGGAGCAUUGUCUGAGGUCUCUCCUAGUGCUUUAAGAGAUCUCAUUAUUGAGGUUCCAAAAGUGAAAUGGAGUGAUAUAGGAGGCUAUGACGAAGUAAAACUACAAAUAAAACAAGCUGUAGAAUGGCCUCUUGAGUAUCCAGAAAAAUUUGAAAAAUUCGCAUUAAGGCCUUCAAAAGGAAUUUUAUUAUAUGGGCCUCCUGGCUGCAGUAAGACAAUGCUCGCCAAAGCUGUAGCAACUGAAUCAAAAAUGAACUUUAUGGCUAUCAAAGGCCCUGAAUUGUUUUCAAAAUACGUCGGAGAAACAGAAAGAUCAAUUAGAGAGAUCUUCAGAAAGGCCAGGAUGUGUGCCCCAAGCAUUAUAUUUAUUGACGAAAUUGAUGCUAUUGGCUCACAUAGAGAAGAAGACAGCUCAGGAGUCAACGAAAAAGUGCUAACAACACUUCUUAACGAAAUGGACGGAAUAGAAGUAUAGGGUUUUCCCCUAGAUAGCCCUUACAGGGCUAUGGAUUCUGUCCGGUAUCCUUUGGUUGGCGGAAUCAGCUCAGUACAUUGGUCGGACCAACUCAAUUGUUGGUUCCACCAACCAAAGGAUUCCAAGCAAAAUCCACAGCCCUGUAAGGACUAUCUCGGGGAAUUCCCUAUACUUAAAGACGUCAUCAUUUUGGCUGCCACUAAUAGGCCAAAUAUUAUAGAUAAAGCUUUAGUUAGACCUGGGAGAAUUGAUAAAAUGAUUUAUAUUCCACUUCCAGAUAGAACUGCUAGAGAGCUAAUCUUGAGCCUUAGCAUGUCCAAAAUGCCUAUUUCUGGCGAUGUUAACAUCACAGAAAUUGCUGGUAUUCUUGAAGGUUACUCAGGGGCAGAAGUCGUUUUAAUCCCAAGAGAAGCUGGAAUUUUAGCUAUCACAGAAAACUUAGACGCAGAAGUUGUGAACAAAAACCAUUUUAUGCAAGCCAUCGCAAAAAUUAAGCCAAGAACCACAAGGGAAGAAAUACAGUUUUAUGAAGCUUUUGAGAGAAAUUUGAAUAAAAUUAAUUAG